AUGCAGAAAAGAAACUGCGUGCUGAAGCUCGACCUUCUAAUCCUUGUCUUCGGUUGUCUCUCGUUCUUCACCAAGUACCUCGACCAGUCGGCCAUUACCAACGCCUAUGUCUCAGGAAUGAAAGCCGAUCUGCAUUUACAUGGCAAUCAGCUGAAUUACACAACCAUCGUCUUCUGGAUAUCAUAUUGCACUUCGAUGAUUCCAGCAUGCUACUAUUUGACUCGGACUCGUAUCAACGUCGUCCUCCCUGCCCUGGAGGCAGGCUGGGGCUUGUUCACAUUUGGCUGUGCCUGGGCACAGAAUGUCCAGACUAUCUACGCAAUGAGGUUUUUCGUGGGGCUUUGUGAAUCCUGCUCCUUUACCGGUGUGAUCUAUGCUAUUGGAUCUUGGUAUAAGCCUGGAGAGAUCGGGAGGCGGGUUGCUCUGUUUUAUAUUGCUGCACCUCUGGGCACAAUGUUUGCUGGCUAUCUCCAGUCUGCGGCGUAUACGAAUCUGAAUCACAUCUAUGGUUUAGCUGGGUGGCGUAACCCGAAACUAACAUAUACGAGUGGAUUCAUCGCCUUUCCUGACGUCCCACAUCGCUCCAAGCCGAGAUUCCUCACCACUGCAGAGCACGACCUCGCGAAUUCUCGCCUUACCGGUCUCACUGCGCCCAGUCAGCUGAAAAUCUCCCGGGAUAUCUUCAAACGCGUCCUUGCCAGAUGGCACUGGUACAUCUUUGUUGCACAAUGGACACUGUUGAACCAAAACGCGCAAGCAUCGGGAAUGCCGUUCAAUUCUUAUCCAUCUGCUAAACCGGAUCUCUACUCUGUCUCGCGCGUCAACACGUUGCCCACCAUUGCAACAGCUGUCUCAGUCAUCAGUGCCGUCGUAGCUGGGGUCGUAGCUGACAGGACAGGACGCUUUGAUAUAUUGUCUUUGGCAGUGUCCAUUCCAACGUUAAUCGGCACGGCAAUGCUAGUGGUCUGGGACGUCGGAGAACACGCAAGACUUGCUGCAUUCAUCAUCACAGGAUCACAGGGUGCAAGAGAAGAAGCCAAACAUAGUAUAUUCUCAAAGACCAACCCAGUUGCAGCAUUAAGCCCCAUAACCAUGGGCUGGGCAGCAGAGACGCAGCAGGGAAUCAAUUGA